AUGAAGGAGAAGUGUCUCCAAGUGGCCUUGGCAGCAACCAGGUAUGGAGAUUCCUGGUGGCUUCCCUUCGUGCUUCUCGCAGUCUGUACGCUGAAUAGCAUCACAGGUGGAAUGCUGACGUGGUCCGUGGGCAUUUUGCAGAUGGCAUUGUUCAACAUCAUUGUUUUGUCUCGAAAGUAUACCUUCUUCAUUGGACCUUUGAUGCUGAGCACUGGAUCUCUCAUUGCCGGCUACUUCUAUGUGCAGGUCAUGAAGACCAACGGUGCAGAUGCACUGCUGGACUAUGCAGGAGUCAAGGAUUCCACCUGGCUGAACAAGGCGCAGUCCUGGGCCAAUGACUGGGGCGUUCUCGGCCUCGUGGGGAUGCAGGUCAUCCCAAUCCCCAUUCCCAGCGCAGUGAUUGUCAUUGCUGGGAUGAUGGCGAAGAUGAAUGAAAUCAAAAUUCUGGUGACAGUCUACCUCAGCAAGUUCAUUCAGUUGACGCUGGGUGCAGUUGCCCUGAAGUACGCGACAGAGAACCAAACCCCCGAGCAGUUCAUCCGGCAACAAAUGGGAGCCAAAGAUGAAUGA